UCUCCCUCCCCCCCCCCCCCCUCUCUCUCUCCCCCCUCCCCCCCCCCUCCCUUUCCCUUUCUCCCUCUCUCCCUCUCCCCCUGCUGUUCCUUCCUCUAAUUCUGUAAACAAAGGUUAACAAUGGACAAACCAUGGGACUCACUGCACUUGUCACAUCCAAGUCACCAGUAAUAAACUGGACAAAUAAACAUACUUGUUCAGCCAUCAAAAACACUCGACCAUCAAAUGACGGAAAUCUUUUGUAUAAUAACCAUUCACAUAAGAUGAUAUCAAGAUGUCCAUGGUGACUGACCAAUCACCUCCAACCGGAUACACGAAGACAUUUGGCUCACUUGAAAUAACUCACUCCAUUGCCAAAUAAAAAUGUGUGAGUUACUCGUACUAUUUCUUUUUGAUCCCAAAGAGCUUCCUAUUAAAGUCCAGAAUCAAGAGUAAUUGCCAGUGAAAUCCUUUCCCAUCACAGAAUGUCAAGACUGAGAAAGAUCAGUCCAGCACCCUCAUUUUCCAGAUGAAAAAACAAAACAAAAACAAAAACAAAAAAAAGGUUACACAUCACGCUCUAUCUACAUGUUAUCAUUGAUUAGAGCUUGUCACACAAAUAAAAUUGGUAUAAAAUGACCAACUCAGGCUCCUCUCUCUGCUGAUGAUCAGAUAGGAGGAAGGACUUGAAGAGGUUCACUAACCCAGGCUACGCUCAGGAUCAGAGCCAAAAGUAGGGAAAGGAGAAAAUAAGGUCCCCAGUGGAAUGGAACCUUUGAUAAGAGACUUCACACAAUGAGCCAGGACAGACCUCCUGGGAGGCUCCCCAGAUCCCAUAUUCAGACCCCAUAGAAAAGUCUCUGGAUAAUAGAAAAACACUCGGGCCCCUCCUUCCCUUUGACUUCCUUCCUCUUCCUCUACCCUACCCCACCUUCACAUCCUGAGCUAAAGAUGGAGAAUACGCCAUUUGUUAUACAUUUCCACCUUCUUCUUCCUUCUCUGGAUACUGCCAUCCAGAAUUCUAGAGCUGCUAAAAAGAGUUCAAAGGUAGCCAAAGACACCGGGACCCUUCUAGGUUCUUCCCACUCUGGAGAGCUGAAAGCUCUGGCUAUCUAAUAUUCCCCAGCUCUGUCCUUCUUUCCAAAACUGAGAAACCCUGGAGAGGGUGACCAAGAAGUCCUCCCUUGGUCUUGGUGGAUGUUUGGUUUGAGGGCCCCUGCAAAAAGGGGAGAGUGUGUGGCCUUUUAAGAUGGCUUAGGGGCUCGCUCUAAGGAUAGGACUGGUUAUCUCUACAAUCAGUGGGAUCAUUGCCUCAUGAGGCCCUGGGCACAGGGACUGUAAGGGGUGCGGUGAUGGGAGCCCUUGGUCCCCCUCCCUCUCCUAAGGCUGAGAGUUAUGGGUGACUCUUCCACGGGAGGUGGUGGUGGAAGGUGCGCCCUGAUGCUCCUUCUCCCCGAGAGUUUUCUGAGGGAAGAGGUCAGCCCCAGGCUCUUCCCGGAGGAAGGGGUUAAGGAGGCCGGGCCGAUGGUCACAGAGACAGAGCUGCAGUGUUUAUUCAGGAAAACAGGUCAGACUUGGCAGCUGCAGCCCCUGCAAGCUCCUCCCAGAAGGACAGAGCCUGAGACAUGAGUAGAGAACAUAGGUUGCACCUUCUCCCUUUCCCCCGCUCUCCAGAACAAGACAGAGCAACAGGUUCUCACUGGCUGGUGGGACAGGAAGUGAGAAAGGGAGGGAAUGGGGAAGAAGGACAGACAUUGCCCUUGGACCAGCACACCCCAUAGGCUCCAGAUGCAUCAGGACUUUGUGAGAGGAUCUGGAAUAAGGGAAGGAGCCCCCAGCCCCAGCAGCCCCUCCACCUUCAUUCGCCUUAGGUCAUUAAAGGAGCUCAGGAGACAAGUCUGGGGCUGGUCAGGAGGAAGUUCAGCCAAACAGAUCCGUGGACCUGGAUUGCUGAAGGUGGGGCAGACAUUGGGAUGGCGGGCCAGGUGGACAUGGAUGAAGAGGGGGCCCAGCACCUUCAGCCUGUAGCUGUGGAUCUGGACUCUCCCAUCUCCCCCCUCAUUCCUGUAACUCUGGGCCUCUUGAAGGCACAUGUGGCUCUUGGAGAAAGCUGGCUACAAGAGAGGGAGGGUAGAGCCUGGGACGUCAUGGAGACCCCAUGGUUUAUUCCCCAGCAGAAAGCCCCCUGGGACGUCCCCUUCUGCUUGCCCCAAUGUCCUAACUCCAGACCGAAUACCCCAGUUUUUUAUCCCCCCCAGACUCUCCAACAUGGGAGGCCUUGAACCAGACCCAGAGAGAGAAACGAGCUGGACUGGGGGGCAAGAAGUACAAGGAGCCUGCUCCUUGCCCCACCUGGCUGGACAAGAAGGCUGGGCCUUUCUCCUGGAGAGCCCGCACACCCGGCGCCGAGAGUCCCUUUUCCACGUGGCCCCCAUCUCGGGGCCCCCACGCAAGCCCCAACUGCACCUCUCGUCCCCGGACCUGCGCCUCUGCUUGGCUCUGGAGAGUGACCCGGCCUCCUCGCCCGAGCCUUCACCCUUCGGCUCACUCCGGCCAGGCCCCAGCGGGCCCCACCGAGGCUCCCCCAGUCUGCAUCACCCGGGACCCGGCCUCCUCCCCGCUGAGGAGGAGAGCACCGUGUUUGCCAGUCCCCAAGUUGCCCACCACGUGGGUCCCCCAACACCGCCCCUCUUCCACCUGGACUUUCUAUGCUGCCAGCUCCAGGUGACUAAAGAAAGUGUGGUGAGUCUGGCCCCCCGGGGUGGGCAGCUCCGGCUAUCCUCCGAGUACCAGGCCGGGCUGGGCCAGCUGAGGGUCCGGCUCAUCAGCGCUGAGGGCCUGCCCAGGGGCCGAAGGGGACCCAAGGGAAGCAGUGGCUGCUGCGUCCUGUUUCGGUUAAUGCCAGGAAGCUGGCCACAGGGACGCAGCAGGGCAGUCAAGUGUAGUUCCAACCCCAUCUUCAAUGAGGACUUCUUCUUUGAGGGGCUUAAGCCCUCUGACCUGGCCACCCACAGUCUGAAGGCCAAGGUGCUGGACAAAGGAGCUGGUCUGCGCAGGGAUGUGCUGCUGGGAGAGUAUGAGGCUCCUCUUGUCACCCUCCUCCCUCACUAGGGCUGGGGGCUGGGGGAGGAGCACCUAGCCCAGGGUCAGCCAGGAACAUGGGAAGUGGUCCUCUCUGGCCCCUAAGAGUGGAGGGGCCCUCCCUGGUGCUUCCCCUCUUCAGGACUUUGCCCACAUGGUUCUUUCCCCAGUCUUGCCUCAAGCUCUAUCCUUAAUCUAUCCACCUUUUCAUUUGUAAUUAAUCUAUUUAUUUUUGUUAAUAAAAUCUUGGUUCAACCUUCA